UACACCUCUUUCCAUCCAAACCAGUGAUAUUAACAUACGGAGUAAGCUUCAUAUAUACCAAAAAUAUGGCUCAAAAUUCCGAAAACAGGUCCAUGUCAAUGUUCACUCCAAUUGCGGAACUCAACAGCGAUAAGAAUUCUUGGAUUCUCAUGUUGAGGGCUAUUCGGGUUUACUUCGUUCCUAAAUGGGCGAAAGGUGGAGAUUCCAUGGAGAUCGUCUUUCACGAUGAGCAUGGGACUAGGAUUCAUGCACAUCUUGCUCGGGGGGAAAAAGAGAAGUUUGAAAAGCAAAUCAUUGAGGGUGGUGUUUACGCCAUUCGAAAUGUUUUUGUCCAUGACAACUAUCAAAGGUUGAAAACUGCUAGCAAUGAUAAGCUCUUGGGUUUUUUCAAAAAGACCGAAGUGAAAACUUUAAAUCGGAAUAAUUUCCCCCGGAUGAUGUUCGACUUGAAGCCAUUUUUAAUUCUUCAAAGUCAACCAUGUUUGAAUGAUCAACUUCUCAUUGGUAAUUAGAAACCUAAACCGCUGGUUUAGGUUUCUACCCCAAAGCAGAGUCGGCCACCACCAAGUUUCUUCGCGCCUUCACAGUAGCGUAACACCAUGUUUGCUUCAUUGCUUGCUUCUGUAUCGUCAAAACCGGCUGCCAUCCAUUGUCUGUUGCAAUUUGACGGAAAAUGGGGCGGUCAUGGUGGCUUCUCCUACACACAUGCAUAUGAGAUCGACAUUCCGCUUCAGUCAUCAUUCACUGAUUUGUUGGAGGUCAUUCGUGAUACGGUACCAUCCUCUUAUGAAAAUUCAGUUUUUAAGAUUUCACAUAUGUCUGAUUCAUGCUCGACUCAUGUUGUGAUUGAUGAUGAUACGAGCCUUUAUGCAUACAUUCGGUUGAAGAGCAUUCACUGUGGUACACGUGAAUUCCCUUUGUGUGUUGAAAUAGGUAAUUCUUCUGAAACUGUCGCUCCUAAAGGAGGUUUAGUCCUUUCGGAGUUACAUCAACCUCUUCUUUGUCAUCAUUCCGUCUCCAAUUCAAGCGGCUGCGAAGAUACAGAAUCAGAUGGCUCUCUCUCUGAUUUUGGAGCAAACCAAACCUUGUGCAUUUGGGAUGAAGGCGUUAUACCAUCACAAAUGCGAUUUCCGCCCGGGUUUGUACUCGACACAUUUCGUGGAGAUGAAAUUCCUGAGAAUAACGUCCAAACCAACGACCUUGAUUGCAGGAACUACCUUCAAUCCAACCCGUCUGGUUAUGUAAUGUCUCAGCAGGACAUUGCCACAAUGAAGGAGAUGCACGUUACAUCUCGGUUCGAUCCUACUAGAAUUGUUGUUGAUGCCAUUUAUGCCAGCAAAAAGGAUCUUGAUAUCCAUUUGAAGAUGUUAGCAAUUUCUAACCAGUUCCAGUACCGGAUUCGAACAUCCAAAAAAUCCUGUCUUCAUGUUGUCUGUGUGGAUUUUCCUCGUUGCACAUGGGCUGUUCGGGCCGUGCGUUUACCAGGUGUUGAGAUGUUCCAGAUUCGUAGGUACAACCGUGAACAUCAAUGCCCCAUCGAUGCGCGCCAAGGCAAAACACGUCAAGCUACGUAUCACAUUAUUGCAGAGCUUGUUAAACACAAAUUUUGUGAUGCAACAACGAAGCCGUACCCCCCCAAAUCUAUUCUUUCCGACAUGCGUAGGGAGCAUGGAAUUGAAAUGACUUAUAAGAAGGCUUGGUUUGCUAAAGAGAAGGCUCUGGAAAUUUGUUUUGGGACAGUUCAAAAAUCAUAUGCUGCCUUGCCAUCCAUGUGUUUUAUGCUCAAUCAUGCUAAUCCCGGUUCUCUGAUUCAGCUCACUACUACGCCUGACCACUUGUUCAA